AUGCGCACGCAUGCACACAGAACAGAGGGAGAGACACACAGCAUAACUCUGCCAGUGAACCACACGAUUGCGCGUCUGCAGUCAGGAUUGUGUGGGCAGGUCUAUUUCAACCUUGCCUCUGUAGAUGAUGUACUUCAAUAACAAUCCACUCAGCCCAGACCUCCACAUAUCCUCGUCUAGAAACACUUUUGGUUUUCUUCAUUAUGGAGCAGAAGAAUGCAGUGCCGUCUUGGGUUAACCCCGCUUUGGUCAACUGGAGGCUGGACUCUUUUGGUAGCGAUGCUGGGCAGAGGGUUCAUGUGGAGUUUUAUGUGGAUGAAAACACAUUUAAAGAAAGACUCAAACUUUUCUUCAUUAAAAACCAAAGAUCCAGUUUAAGGAUUCGAAUAUUUAACUUUUGUCUGAAGCUUCUGACAUGCGUCCUCUACAUCAUUCGAGUAAUGACGGACAAUCCGGGUCAACUCCGCAAUACAUGCAUUGACUGUAACGGCACCACAAUGACCAAUGACAUCAACUGGGAACUGAUAUUCUGGGUAGAUAGAAAAGUCCCAGUGUGGGCCAUUCAGGUGAUUGUGGCGUCCAUCAGUUUCAUAGAGGCCAUGUUGUUGACAUACCUCAGCUAUAAGGGUAAUAUUUGGGAGCAGAUAUUCCAAGUGUCCUUCCUGUUGGAGAUGUUGAACACUGUUCCCUUCAUCAUAACGAUUUUCUGGCCUCCUCUAAGAAAUCUCUUCAUCCCGGUGUUCCUCAAUUGCUGGUUGGCAAAGUGUGCAUUGGAAAGUAUGAUAAAUGACCUACACAGGGCGAUUCAGAGGACUCAUUCAGCCAUGUUUAACCAAGUCCUCAUUCUCAUCUGCACUCUCUUAUGUCUUGUUUUCACUGGCACGUGUGGUAUUCAACAUUUAGAACGAGCCGGUAAAAAGAGCCUGUCGCUCUUUAACGCUUUGUAUUUUUGCAUCGUGACCUUCUCGACGGUGGGCUUUGGUGAUGUCACACCACAGAUUUGGCCGUCUCAACUGCUGGUGGUUGUGAUGAUCUGUGUAGCUCUGGUUGUGCUGCCUCUACAGUUUGAGGAAUUGAUUUAUCUGUGGAUGGAAAGGCAGAAAUCAGGAGGAAACUACAGCCGACAUCGAGCUCAGACCGAGAGACAUGUUGUGUUGUGUGUGAGCACGCUUAAAAUCGACCUGCUUAUGGACUUUCUCAAUGAAUUUUAUGCUCAUCCACAUACACAGGAUUAUUACGUGGUGAUUUUGUGUCCAUGUGAAGUCGAUGUUCAGGUGAGGAGGAUUUUGCAGAUUCCUCUCUGGUCUCAAAGGGUCAUCUACCUGCAAGGCUCCGCCCUCAAAAAUCAGGAUUUGCUCAGAGCCAAGAUGGACGAUGCAGAGGCGUGUUUUAUUUUGAGCAGCAGAAAUGAAGCCGAUCGCAUGGCUGCAGAUCACCAGACCAUUCUGAGGGCCUGGGCUGUGAAGGACUUUGCUCCAAACUGUCCUCUCUACGUCCAGAUCCUUAAACCUGAAAACAAGUUUCAUGUUAAAUUUGCAGAUCAUGUUGUGUGUGAGGAAGAAUUUAAAUACGCCAUGUUGGCUCUGAACUGUCUGUGUCCGGCCACUUCUACACUGAUCACUUUACUUGUUCACACAUCUCGCGGCCAAGAAGGGCAGCAGUCUCCAGAGCAGUGGCAGAGGAUGUACGGUCGUUGUUCGGGUAAUGAGGUCUAUCACAUUCGUCUGGCUGACAGUAUGUUCUUCAGAGAGUACAACAACAAAAGUUUCACCUACGCAGCUUUCCAUGCUCACAAAAAGUAUGGCGUGUGUAUGAUCGGUGUGAAGCGAGAAGAUAACAAAAGCAUAUUGUUGAACCCUGGCCCUCGCCACAUCAUGGCUGCCACUGACACCUGUUACUACAUCAACAUCACAAAGGAGGAAAACUCCGCUUUUAUUUUCAGACAGGAAGCAGAUCAGGGAAAGGGGCGGAGCCACUGUGACAUCUUAAACAGCCCGUCUGGUCUUCCCGUUCAUAGUAUCCUUGCAAGCAUGGGAACGGUUGCCUUGGAUUUUCAAAAUACGAGUCCCACUAAGAGCGGCAUCAAGCUGGCUCCACCUUCAGAGAACGAAGGCGGGAGUCGCCGCCCAAGCAUAGCCCCAGUUUUGGAGAUAGCUGACUCCGCCUCCUUACUGCCAUGUGACCUCCUUAGUGAUCAAUCAGAGGAUGAGGCCGGUCACUCAGAUGAAGACAUAACCGCCAAUGAAUUUGUGAAAGGGUAUCCCCCAAAUUCUCCUUAUAUUGGAAGUUCGCCAACCCUCUGCCACCUGCUGCCCCAGAAAGCUCCUUUCUGCUGCCUACGGCUUGACCAGGGCUGUGAGCAUGUUAGCUUUGAAGAUGCAAAAGGGUAUGGCUUCAAAAACAAGCUCAUCAUUGUUUCUGCGGAAACGGCUGGAAAUGGUCUGUAUAACUUCAUAGUGCCUUUGAGAGCUUAUUACAGACCCCGCAGAGAACUCAACCCUAUAGUCCUGCUGUUAGACAACCUACCCGAUGACCACUUCCUGGAGGCCAUAUCAUGCUUCCCGAUGGUUUACUAUAUGGGUGGCACCAUUGACAAUCUGGACAGUCUGUUACAGUGUGGCGUUCUGUAUGCUGAUAAUCUGGUAGUGGUUGAUAAGGAGAGCACAAUGAGUGCAGAGGAAGACUACAUGGCUGAUGCUAAAACUAUCGUCAACGUGCAGACCAUGUUUAGGUUGUUUCCAAGUCUCAGUAUAAUCACAGAACUGACUCACCCGUCAAACAUGAGAUUCAUGCAGUUUAGAGCGAAGGAUUGUUACUCUCUCGCCCUGUCCAAACUAGAAAAGUGUGUUUCUGUGUUUGAUCGGCAGAAGGAGCGUGACAAAGGUUCGAAUCUCGCCUUCAUGUUCCGGCUUCCAUUCGCCGCUGGUCGAGUCUUUAGUAUCAGUAUGCUAGACACACUUCUGUACCAGUGUUUUGUAAAGGACUAUAUGAUCCCAAUAGCCAGACUUUUGCUCGGGUUGGACACCACACCUGGAUCAGGUUAUCUGUGUGCUAUGCGUGUCAGUGAAGCUGACCUAUGGAUCCGUACAUACGGGAGAUUAUUCCAAAAGUUCUGCUCAUCUAGUUCGGAGAUUCCCAUCGGUAUCUACCGUACAGAGUCGCACUCGCCACCAGAGUUUCAAGGGUCCGCCAGCACCGAAGGGUUAAACGACACCAGGGAGAAGGGGGAGGAGUCAAAGAUCCUCACCCGGAGUUCCUCGAGCAGUGACCAAUCAGAGCAUCCGCUCCUGAGAAAGAAGAGCAUGCACUGGACAAGGCGUCUCAGUAGGCGGAGCGUGAAGAGGAGCGACUCCUCCCUCAGCUCCAUCCAGCAGCGUCUGGGCGUGUCACGGCGCUCGGAGAGGGAGGAGCUUACAGAACUCGUCAGGAAUCGCAUGCAGCACCUGGGGCUUCACACAGCCGGAUACAAGGAUGUCACGAAUCUAACAGCCAGUGAUGUUAUGAACAGAGUAAAUUUGGGCUAUUUGGAAGAUGAGCUGAACGACCAGCAGAACUCGAUUUCAUACGUUCUCAUAAACCCCGGCCCGGACACGCUGCUACAGCUCAAUGAUGUUGUGUUUCUGAUCCGUCCGGAUCCGCUGGCUCACGUCCCUGAUGCUCCACCACCACAAACCCGCCGCUGCAGGUCCACAACAGACACACCAGAACUCAGCAAGGUUUAACCAGUGACAAUAUACUGACUAGAUCAAAUACAGAUGCAGGUAAACACUUAAUGAUGUCUUAAAAAGAUGUUUAUAUUUUUAAUAAAUGUCAAUUUCUCACCAGCUCUUUAAACUCCUACAGUUAUAUAAGCUCCUGCUGGUUCAUAUAUUAGAUUCAUCAGUGAUAUUUUGCACUUAAUAUGAGUAAACUGAAAUACAAAAAUGUAUUUUGUAAGUCUACUAAGAUUAAAAAUACAGUGCAAUGGAUGUUGUGACUACAGUAUGUUUAAACAAUAAGCAGGAUUAUUGUAAUCUGUAUGUAUGUAGUAUUGCAUUGUGACCUGUGGAGGGAUACAACGUUACACAAACAUUUGUUUAAGUAGAUACAAAAAAUUAUUUUCAAGAAAAAAAAUCUUAGUAUUUUUGUCUUGUUUUUAGUAAAAAUAUCAAAAAAUUCUUAAAUUAAAAGUAAAUUAAAAUAUCAAAUGUAAGUGAUUUUGUGCAUAAAACAAGCAAAAAAAUCUGACAAUGGCGUAAGCAAAAAAAAAUUUUUUUUUAAACACUAAAUUAAAGAAAAAAAUAUUUUUUACGGAAAACAAGACAAAAAAAGAAUUUAUUUUUCUUGAAAAUCAUUUUUGCAGUCAACUGCAAAAAAAAAAUGACUUUCUUACUUAGCAUUUUUGUCUUGUUUCUGAAAUUAACAUGCAUUUUCUUGAUGAACAAAAUGACCUAAAAAUAAGAAAAAAAUAUCAAAUUUAGGUGAAUUUGUGCAUAAAACCUGCAAAAAAUCUGCCAAUGGGCAGGCAAAAAACUUUUUUCUGAAACCCUUAAUUCAAGAAAAAUUACCCCAUUGUCAGAUUUUUUUUUUGCUUGUUUUAUGCACAAAUUCCCUUAAAUUUGAUAUAUUUUGUUUUAAACUAGACUUAUUUUCUUAGGCCAUUUUGCACAUAAAGAAAAUGCAUCUUGAUUUUAAUGUUUUUUUAUAUUUGUCCUAAAAACGAGACACAAAUACUAAGUAAGAAAAGUCAAUUUUUGCAGUGUAUAACUCUAGACCGAAGCCCUACGCAUGGGGGCGUGAACUCCAGAAGUGGGCGGUACCUCCAAAAAGAGGUGGGUAGGAGGUGUGUACUAGCUGUCUGUCUAUGCUAAUAAGCCACGCCCCCUUUUGAGCUCCCACCCCCAUUUGGAGAGUUCCAGGCCACAUUCCAUACAUUGGUGUAGUAUUAUAUAUCAGACAGCAGGGGGCGUCCUUUGAUGUCAAUGCGCUCUCACCUGUGCAACAGACCUCUUUGAAAAUCAAUAAACAUAUUCAAUAAUCGAACUUAUACCCCUAAUGGGUUGCAACAAUGAAUAAGAUGUGCAUUUAACAAUAUACGUUUUGCUUGAUAAGUGUAUUUCCCUUUUUGUUUUUUUGUUUUUUCAUCUUAAAGUUCACAAACGAACAACAUUAUUAUUAUUUAGAGAGCAACAUUUCUAUUGAAUAAAACAAUUAAACUAAAGGAAAUAUUUCAGAAAGAUGUGAUAAAACAAUUGAUAUAAUGUGAAAAAUGCAGAUAAAGAUGGCUUACUCUGUUAGUGUGAACUCAUUUCAUUGACACCACUUGGUUAAACGUCAUUGUCUCAGAGACAUCAAGUUUGUUUGAAUAAAGCACCAGCAUGAUUUGUUUGCAGGUGACGCUUGCUUUGAUGUUGUGUUAUACAUUGCAGUGACAUUCAAUCUGCAAACUAGUAGUAAUAAAAAGUGAAAUAUGUUGUUCAUCUAAUUACUAUGUAAUUUAAUGAAGUGUCAUUUAUUUGUCAGAUAUCUCUGUGAUGUGUGCCUUUUAAAAUUAAAGUGUUUACAGCAUACAGUGCUUUAAUAA